AUGACUACCACAGGUGUGUUUGGUGCUGAAACAAAUGAAAUACAGUCAGUGUCUGUAAUAGAGGGAGAUUCUGUCACGCUAAACACUGAUGUUACUGAAAUACGGAAAAAUGAUGACAUACUGUGGAAAUUUGGAGCUGAAAAAUCUCUCAUAGCUAAAAUCAAUCGAGAGGCUGGGAUCUCCUCCAUAUCUGAUGGUCCUGAUGGGAGAUUCAGAGACAGACUGAAGCUGAACAAUCAAACUGGAUCUCUGACCAUCAUAAACAUCACAACUAAACAUGCUGGACUUUAUGAAGUAAAGAUAGUUGCAGCUAAACUGUCAUCAAAAACAUUCAAUGUUUCUGUCUACGCUCAUCUGCCUGUUCCUGUCAUCAGCAGUAACUCUUCACAAUGUUCUUCAUCAUCAUCUUCAUCAUAUUGUUCAUUGUUGUGUUCAGUGGUGAAUGUGAGUCAUGUGACUCUCUCCUGGUACAAAGGAAACAGUUUAUUGUCCAGCAUCAGUGUGUCUGAUCUCAGCAUCAGUCUCUCUCUACCUCUGGAGGUGGAAUAUCAGGAUAACAACACCUACAGCUGUGUGCUCAACAAUCUCAUCAGAAACCAGACGAGACAUCUGGACAUCAGUGAACUCUGUCACACAUGUUCAGAAGUCCCUGUCCAUUGUUGUGGUUCUACUGAAGCUGUGGUCCGAUUGGUCGUCUCUUCUUUAGUGGGCGUGGCUACUGUGGCUGUUCUGGUUUAUGACAUCAUAUCCACAAUAGGAGACAAGAAACAGAAUCAUAAACAUUGUGACAUAAGUUUUAGUCUGUAA